UGUGUGUAUUUGUAUUCCUGGUAAGUUUAAGGCAGGCGGGUGCGGAUUACCCGUGUACUUGUAACUACAACGUCGAGACGCCCGUGUAUAAGACGCUAUCGACGUCGGGCGAGACUUUAGGAUAUAUGUAUGAGUUUGACUGUAAACCGGACGCCAGCGUUAUCACACACGGUGGCCAAUUCAUAGCUGUACAAUUUGAGAAACAGUACGGCUAUGUACAAAAGGACAACAAUAUAGAGUCACAGACUUGCCCUGACAGCCCACCCGCCACUGAUAUAGUGACAACGACACCGAUGACAACACCAACGACAACAACAACACCAACAACAAGUACUACUACCAUUACAACACAAAGAAUUACACCAUCAUCUACACCAACACAUUCCACAUCGACAACAACAACGAGAAGAACCACCACCACUAGAACCACCACAACAACGACUGUGCCUACAACAACAACAACGCUUAAAGCGACUACAACAGAAUAUGCGUACUGGAAGCAAGCCGCCAAUGUGACCGGCACGCCCCUCCAGUACAUCGGCGUGGGCUACAAUCUGCUCACGGGAAACCCGGAAAUGGCCACAGACCCAGCACUCCUGCUGGAUAAACGCGUACUCCAGCUGACAAAGACGGAAACCACGGAAGUCCAAGAGGCUUCAGUACAGCUUGGAUCAACCUGCACAAACAGCAAACGGCACGCCCUUGUCCAUGGAUCCUUGUCCCUACAGGGCGAAAUGAAAGCAUUUGUGCAAGCAUCGUCAACACACCCUCCGUCAUUGACAGGAUCAAGUUUCACAGGAAAUUCAGAGUUUGUCAAAGCGCAAACGACACUGAACGCUGGGGAAGAGGUCUACCAGGACCACGUGAUCACAUGCAAAAUGGGAACAGCUCAGUAUGACCUUGCAGGCGCGCAGUCGAAUCACUACACAGUUUCUCAUGACUUCGCCAAGGCUGUGUGCAACCUUACAACAUUGGACAGCUCCUCUGAGUCGCAAUAUCUUAAUUUCCUCGAUCAAUGGGGCACGAGCGUUGUGACUAUGGCAGACUUGGGGACACGGACGAUUAAACGCCACAAAUUGACUGUUCCUGCAUUAUUUCAACAUGUCCAAAUAUCGGAUCCAAGCGUACUUGACCAUUCCGGCUAUUUCAAAGGUCACACAUCCUCAUUGACCAUUAAUGUGGGCAGGUAUAACCAGAGCGCACUCGCUACACAUUCCUUUGGAUCCCCAGAUCAGCUGACCGUCGGGAUUAUUUCCAACCCCAAACCCAUCCGAAUUGAGGUUGCGCCGAUCUUUGACUUUAUACAGUGGAUUUACUUUCAACCGAUCAUGUUUGAGUUGAAAGCGCGCCACGAGUGUGUGGACACGAUGCAGGCCCACGACCUCCAGCUGAUUGCCAACAACGUCCGGUCUGUAAUGGCUCAGUACGGACAACACAAGGGGGCGACCGGAACCACAGAUCAUUCGUUGCAAGCGCCUGUGACAUGGCCACUCGGCAAGUUUGGAUUGAUGAAGGCUGCUUCCGGUUGCCCAGGGAACGACGUCCACUGGGUACAAGGCUGGCGCAAACAUGAUACGGAAGACUCCGGCGCGCAUAACUACUUCACCCCUGGAGUCAAUAAUUAUUUAAGUGGAUAUUUUUACUCGAACAACAUCAAAACCGAUUUCUGUAUUAAGAACACCCCUUCUGUCACAAGCUACGACACCAACUGGCCAAGAGGUUCCUAUUGUAUACUGAAGUACGGAGGUUCCUGUCCUUUUGGUUUCCAAAACGGGUUCAUUUUCUGGGACGAUGAAGACGUGAACAACAACAAUGAACGAGGCGGAACUCUGCCGGAUGGCGAAUACGGCAGCAACACCAAAAUUUACUAUUGCUGCAGGAACGAUGGCCGGACAUCGACGGCGAUUAGCCUGCCCACGGACCGGCCCUUUAUCCUGAUGCGCCUGACGGCCACCUGUCAGGCCGUGUACGGUAUGGGUGUCACGGACGUGUUCGUGCGCUGGGACGACGACGACUUUAUCAACAACAGCGGUCGCGGUGGUAUGCACCCGUACGAUGACGGCGGCUCCAAGGACCACAUGCUGCACUUCUGCUACUAUCACUCCACCGCUCAUGGAGGAAUUGUCGGAUAACACAUGCUUUCAUA